AUGGUCCCCAUCUCUCCGCUGAGCAAAGAUGGUCCGUCAUCCACUCCACUCUCUUCUCCAUGGCCUACCUCACGGGUCUCGUCGCCACCAACACCCACUCCAUCCUCAAUCUCCUCAACGAAAGCCGAAAGAGAGGUCGCAAAGAAAAUGUUGAAAAGCCUCAUGGAGAUGAUCGAGGAAGAAGAGUUCAUCUCCCUUCUCUGUGAGCUUGGAUUGAAUGUGAAGAAGGAUGUCGGAGUCACGCAUGUGCCAUUGCCACCACCUGUGCCAUCGCCACCGCCAGUUCCAGCUGAUCAGACCAUCCCACCGAUGUCGAUGACUGCUCCGCCUCCUCCACCACCACCACCACCCAUUCCAAUUGCUAUUGUAUCCAACUGGAAGCAAAAGGGAAGGAAAUCGCAAGACCAAAACAAUGUCGAGAAGAUGCAUUUUAUGUCGGAGUUGGCGAUGAAGCUCAAAACUAAGAAGCCUCAACUUUCAUCAGCCCCAAGGGUUGUUAACAUCGAGAUCGGUUCGGUGGAGGAGUCGCCGCAAAUUUCUCUCCAGUCAUCUCAAUCUGACCAAAAGCAGCUCGAAACCGCUGUGGUCGACGGCUCUCUGUUGGAUACUCCUGUGGUUAGCCUUCUCAAACCUGCUCGCUCAAAGAAAGCUUCAAAUUCCUCGCUCUUGGAUGCUCGGGACAAUUUCGAAGCUCAAAAAACGCCAAGCGCAGGACUUCAUAGAAAGGAAUCCUCAAAACUUGUUCGCUCCAUUAGCCGCAAGCCGUCCGUUCGAAGAUUAGAAGGGUUCCAUUUCGCCAGAAAGAAGUUCGAAACUUCUUCGGCGACGAGCUCUCAGACUUAUCGUCCACGCCGUCAAAUUGCAGCCAGCAAUUCGACUCCCGACAGUUCGACUGCCAUCGGUUCGACUGCCGUCAGUUCGGCAAGCGUCAGUUCAACGGCUGCAAUUUCUGCUGCGUCGUACCGUCGUAUGCAAUACGCUGAGGCUAAAACCUCAGGCCAGCUCCCGCCGCCACCGUUGUCCUCUACUCCAUCUUCUGUUUCCAAGAUACUCCAUCGCAAAUAG